AUGGGGUUUUGUUUUUGUUUAACGCCAAAGCGGCUACAAGUUCUCGACCUUAGCUCUUGCUUUGAUAUGAGACGUACUCCUGAUCUCUCAGCUUUCACGCAGUUGAAGAUCCUCACCUUGAGUGGUUGUUUCGGACUGGAGCAUCUCCACCCUUCUGUUGGCAAACUCAAGAGCCUCGUUUCCUUAGACUUGAGUGAAUGUCGAAGUCUCAAGGAGCUACCGGAGGAAGUGGGCGAAUUAAAAGAUUUAGAAGUACUUGUAUUAGAUGAAUCUAGUAUUACAGAGAUCCCUACGUCUAUUGGUUCUCUGAGGAAGCUGAAGAAUCUGAGUGUCAAAGGUUGUAGGUCACUGAGAGAAAUCCCUCGCUCAAUUGGGGAUUUACCGGAUUUGGACCAUCUGGACUUGAGUUACUGUAGAAGUCUCAAGGAGCUACCAGAGGAAGUGGGCAAAUUAAAAGAUUUAGAAGAACUUCUAUUAAAUGAAUCUGGUUUUAUAGAGAUCCCUACGUCUAUUGGCUCUCUGAGGAAGCUGAAGAAACUGAGUGCCAUCGCUUGUAAGUCACUAAGAAAAAUCCCUAGCUCAAUUGGGGAUUUACAUAAUUUGCAACAUCUGGACUUGAUUGGCUGUAUGAGUCUCAAGGAGCUACCAAAGGAAGUGGGCGAAUUAAAAGAUUUAGAAGUACUUGUAUUAGAUGAAUCUGGUAUUACAGAGAUCCCUACGUCUAUUGGUUCUCUGAGCAAGCUGAAGACACUGAACGCCUACAAGUGUGAGUCACUGAGAGAAAUCCCUAGCUCAAUUGGGGAUUUAAAGAAUUUGCAAUUUUUGGACAUCAGUUAUUCUCGGCUUGAAAAGCUUCCCAAUGCUAUUGGGGAUCUGUCUUCUCUCCAGCGCCUUGAGCUGCGUCACUGUGACAAGCUUCGGUCGCUGCCACGGCUUUCUGGCCUAAUCCACCUAGAAAAACUCCGUCUUUGGGGAUGCCAUCUACUUGAAGACAUCCCCGAACUUCCCUCGAGACUCUUGAAACUCUAUAUUGUGGAGUGUCGUAAGCUGAUAUUGCUUAAGCUCGACGGAUUGAAGAACUUGGAAAUGUUUUCAAUAAAAAGGUGCAGUUCAAUUGAAAGACUGGACCUUUCACAGUUAAUUUGUCUGAAACGAUUAUGUGCUGAGGAUUGCGAUAACCUAGUUGAAAUUCAGGGCCUUGAAAAUUUGGAGCUCUUGGAGGGCAUAUCUAUAGAUGAUUGCAAUUCCAUUGAAAGGCUUCUCUGUCCAGAAUCAACGUGUUUGAAGAAAUUAGUGGCUGCCUGGUGCAACAAUCUAGUCGAAAUUCGAGGUCUUGAUGGUGCGAAGUUCUUAGAAGCGUUGAAUGUUAUAGGAUGCGGAUCAAUGGAGACUUUGCCAGAUUUGAAUGGAUGUGAGAGGUUACAAUAUCUAGUAGUUCAAGAUUGCGAGAAACUUACUCAGCUUCGGGGACUUGAAAAGUUGGAUUUAAUUGAUUUGGAUAUCUCUGGUUGUGACUCAUUGGAAGCAAUACCGAAAUUAUCCGGAACAUGCGUCUUUAGAAAUUAUGAACGAGAGCUAUCUUACGACUCAUGGAGUGAUGAUUCCUGAACAGAGAGUGAUUGAUGUUUCCUCAACAGAGGGUUUUGUACUUUCCUAAAUUGCUAGUCUUACAUAAUUGAAGGAGUGGGGGAGUUGGUCAUAGAUGCUGACAUGAUGCUUCAGCCAAGAUCAAAAUGUAGACCCAAAUGUCAAUUGAAGGCAUUGGUCUUCUAGUAAGAUUCUUCGUCCUUGAAUGGCUAGCUUGAGCGAAUAGAGUAAUACUUUUCUCGAAGCUCUAUUUUUUAAGAAUGAUUUUCUCCACACCGAGUAUCUAUUUAAUUGAUUUUGGAAACUCUGAUUUGCCUACAUUACUGCUGUUGGUUACGUUAUAGUAAUGUUUUUCAUUUAUCCUUCCAUUGGCAGCUUUUGUAGACUGCAAACAGAUUAGCGGCUAGUGAGGCAAGGAUGAAAAUAUUAAAGAUAGGUAAACAAGAAUUCCCUAGUGAUUUACAGUUUCCCUCUCGAUAAACCCGGGAUUUGAAUCUUUCAUCUAGAGGCCGAUGAUCUUCUACUAAAUAUUAUAAACUGCUCCCAAAGUCCAUUUUUCCCUAUGUCCAAAA